UCAAAUCUCUCUCAUUUCUUAUUUCACCGCAGAAUCCUUCCGAUUCAACGGAAAAAUGCUGCGCCGUCUCGCCGCCCAGCGCAUUCUUGAGCUCCGUCAAGCAUUACGUCAUCCACAGGCAUCGCGAUCCUUCUCAACUGCGCUUAACUAUCAUCUUGAUAGUCCGGAUAAUAAUCCAGAUCUUCCAUGGGAGUUCUCGGGAAAGAACAAGGAAAAGGUUAAGGAGAUAUUGUCUCACUAUCCUUCAAACUAUAAGCAAUCUGCUGUCAUUCCUUUGCUUGAUCUUGCACAACAGCAACAUGGAGGUUGGCUCUCGGUUUCAGCAAUGAAUCAUGUUGCUAAGAUCAUUGAUGUUCCUCCAAUUCGUGUAUAUGAGGUUGCAACCUUCUAUUCGAUGUUCAACCGAACAAAGGUUGGAAAAUACCACCUAUUGGUAUGUGGUACCACACCUUGCAUGAUCCGCGGUUCUAGAGAAAUUGAAUCAGCACUAUUGAGUCACCUAGGAGUUAAGCGCAAUGAAGUAACUAAGGAUGGACUUUUUUCUGUUGGAGAAAUGGAAUGCAUGGGAUCUUGUGUAAAUGCUCCAAUGAUCACUAUUGCUGACUACUCCAGUGGAUCCGAGGGAUAUACCUAUAAUUAUUACGAAGACAUUACUCCGAAGAGAGUUGUCGAGAUUGUGGAGGCCCUCAGAAGAGGGGAAAAGCCUCCACAUGGCACACAAAAUGCCAACCGCAUAAACUCUGGACCGGAAGGUGGGAACACUACAUUGUUAGGUGAGCCUAAGCCUCCUCCAUGCCGGGACCUUGAUGCCUGCUGAACAAGGUGAUUUUGACGUUAUUCUUGCAAAUAAUGAUAUGAAGAGUUAUUGACAAAUUCGGAGCAUUUGUACGAUGUAAGCUGUCGAUUUUACUCAAAAUGAAUGUCAAAAUUAUGUUUCUUCU